GUCAAAAUAGUCAUUUGGAGAUGAACGCGUUUGAGAAAUCAAUUCUUGGAAACUGGAAAUUCAAGGAAGUCAACAAUAAUGUAAAAUGCUUACCAAUUGAUCUGCGAUUCCAGAGCCAUAUAGUAAUCCUUCUUCUUUCUCAGAGGCUUCGUUUUGCGCUUGCAGCAGUGCUUUCCGAGCUAUCCGACCUUCCUUCGUUUCAAUGAGCUACGUCGAUUCUGCCAGCAUACGCCCUGGUUAUCCAUUUGUUCGGCAUAACUGAAGCUUUACGUGUCUCCUAAAAUUCCUGCCUCGUUCAUGGCCAUCAGAAGGGAUGAAUUUCCUUCAUUGAAUAAGCCAGCUGCUAAAUACGACGCCAAAUCAACCACUUUUAGUCCGGAGUGCAAGUGUUUGGGAGCUAAUCACCAAAUAGUGGAAUUAAAAGUUUCAUUAGCAUUUUGUGUGUGGCCACCUACACAUUUCUCCAGUAAUUCAUCCCCUGAUAAAUCUUAUAUGGGAAGAAUUUCCUUCUGUACGAAUGCGAAUUUCGCUUUGAAAUUUUGACAGAGUACUCUUGGAUAGUUAGCUUAACGAUUUCUCGAACCUCCUAGUGUGGUUUCCGCAUUAACCAUCGUAAUCCAAAUUAGGUUAUUAUAUUAAUUUAGAUUUUCUAUCCAGUUUGUUGAAAGUAAAUGAAUUGUGGAGAUAUAUUUACUCAUAAAUUUACAGAUUCUCCAGCAGUUGUUUAUUUGGCCUGACAGCAUUGUCCUUACAUCAUGUUCUGCAGAAGCGUUAGUUGGUUCAUCUGCAUUUUCGUCGCAAUUCUCACUGCUGCCGACUAUAGCGACUCUCAUCCCAGUACAGGAUUAGAUCCCGAAGUCACAGUCUACCACUUUGGAACUGACAAUAUGAAAUCGCCCACAGCAGGACAGGUCCAGGAGGGGAAAGAGGCUCCCACUGUGGACCUGGGCACCCUGCUGGACGCUGGAGACAGCGCCGUGGUGACUCUGGUGGCGGGCGACACCCGUCUGGCAGCGCACAGGGCCGUCCUGGCCGCCAGGUGUCCCGUGUUCGCCUCUAUUUUCAGCCACGGCACGCUGGAGGCCACAGUCCCAGACGUGGGGGGCCAGUUGCUGCGCCACCUCGUGGCCUACAUGUAUACCCUGCAGGCCAAGCAGCUGGCCAAAAUGGUCCCCCAGCUGCUGGUCGUGGCUGAUAAGUACGGCUUGUCAGGCCUGAAGGCACAGUGCGAGCAGCAGUUGGCCUCACAGCUGUCUGUUGAGACUGCGGUGACCACAGCUGUGCUCGCUAUUCGGAACUCCUGUAGCAGCCUUAAGAAGGCCGCCGCCGCCUUCAUAGAGACUCAUAUUUUACACGUGAUGGCCACGAAGGGCUGGGCAGAUGCGCUACAUUGUCAGCCUGAAGAUCUGAUUGAAGUGCUCAAGCUGCUGUCUGAGCCAGCAGCAGAAACCAGCACUCCAGCCACUGGAGACAGCGAGGUCACCCAGACCAGUCAGCUGCACAUGGGCCACAAAAACUGCAGCAGGGCUCCUGUUCCAGCUGCAAAGCACACAGCUACUUGCCCCACUCCCACAUUUGACGAUGCUUCCGUCUCUUUCCUGCGGGCCCUCUCUGCAGCGGAGAAAGGCAAGAGGCUGAUCAAGGCAGCUAACGAUGGGACAGUGCAAGAGCUGCAAAUGCUGCUGGCAGCUGGGGCUGAUGUGGGUGCGACAGAUGGGAACAAGAACACUGCACUGCACUGGGCAGCCUGGGAGGGUCACGUGGAAGCGGCGAGCUGUCUGGUGGGGGCUGGCGCGGAGGUGGGCGCCGGGAACUGGGUCCAGAACACGCCGCUGCACUGGGCUGCAUGGGGCGGCCGGCCGGCCGUGGUGCGGCUGCUGGCGGCGGCCUCUGCAGACCCCAAUGCCAGGAACGUGGACGGGGACACGCCGCUGCACUUCGCGGCUGAGCAUGGCCGCACAGAGGAGGCGACUGCACUACUCGAUGCAGGGGCUGACAGCGGAGCCAGGAAUCACAAGGGGAAAACCCCAGUGGACCGCGCCAGGCAGUUCAACCACCAACACUGGAUAGACAGGAUAACACGACACUAGCACUACAAUACACACCUCUGAAGUAAAUAGAACACUGCUCUAGUAAAAUCACAACAGUAGCGACAAUGUGAGAUUCAUAUACACUAAUGUGUGUAGCAAGAAGCGAGUUUCCUUCCAUGAAAACUCAACAAUAAUCGAAAUUCAUUAUUGUAAAGUAAU